UAUAGGAACAUUACUGACAUUACACCCUGUCUCUUUAUACUCUUCUCUCUUUCUCUCACCUUCUCUCCAACUUUACCUUCGUUCUCACCUUCUUUCCAACUUUACCUCCGUUGUCACCUUCUCUCCAUCUUUACCUUUGUUCUCACCUUUUUUCCAUCUUUACCUCCAUCCUUACCUUCUCUCCAUCUUUUCCUCCAUCCUCACCUUCUCUCCAUCUUUACCUCACUCUCUCCAUCUUUACCUCAUUCUUACAUUCUCUCCAUCUUUACCUCAUCCACACCUUCUCUCCAUAUUUACCUCCGUUCUCUCCUUUUCCCUCCAUCUUUACCUCCAUCCUCACGUUCUCUCCAUCUUUACCGCUGUCCACUCUUACUCUCCAUCUUUACCUCCAUCUACACUUUCUCUCCAUCUUUACCUCAUUCUUACCUUCUCUCCAUCUUUACCUCAUUCUCACCUUCUCUCCAUCUUUAUCGCUGUCCACUCUUACUUUCCAUCUUUACCUCAUUCUCUCCUUCUCUCCAUCUUUACCUCUCUCUCCAUCUUUACCUCAUUCUCACCUUCUCUCCAUCUUUACCUCCAUCCUCACUUCCUCUCCAUCUUUACCGCUGUCCAUUCUUACUUUCCAUCUUUACCUCAUUCUCACCCUCUCUCCAUCUUUACCUCCAUCCACACCUUCUCUCCAUAUUUACCUCCGUUCUCUCCUUUUCCCUCAAUUUUUACCUCCAUCCUCACGUUCUCUCCAUCUUUACCGCUGUCCACUCUUACUUUCCAUCUUUACCUCAUUCUCACCUUCUCUCCAUCUUUACCUCCAUCCACACCUUCUCUCCAUAUUUCAAUCAAUCAAUCAAUGUUUAUUUAUAUAGCCCCAAAUCACAAAUGUCUCAAAGGACUGCACAAAUCAUUACGACUACAACAUUCUCUCCUUUCCCCUCCAUUUUUACCUCCAUCCUCACUUCCUCUCCAUCUUUAUCUCAUUCUCUCCUUCUCUCCAUCUUUACCUCAUUCUCUCCAUCUUUACCUCAUUUUCUCCAUUUUUACCUCAUUCUCACCUUCUCUCUAUCUUUACCUCCAUCCACACCUUCUCUCCAUAUUUACCUCCGUUCUCUCCUUUUCCCUCAAUUUUUACCUCCAUCCUCAUGUUCUCUCCAUCUUUACCUCAUUCUCAACUUCUCUCCAUCUUUACCUCCAUCCACACCUCAUCUCCAUAUUUACCUCGUUCUCUCCUUCUCUCCAUCUUUACUUUCAUCCACACCUUCUCUCCAUCUUUACCUUCAUCCAAACCUCUCUAUUUUUACCUCCAUUUUCUCUAUCUUUAAUUCCAUCCUCAUAUUCUCUCCAUCUUUACCUCCCUCCACACCUUCUCACCAUCUUUACCUCCGUUCUCAUCUUCUCUCCAUCCUUACCUCCGUUCUCAUCUUCUCUCCAUCUUUAACUUCAUCCAAACCUUCUCUCUGUACCUCCAUUUUCUCCAUCUUUACCUCCAUCGACACCUUCUUUCCAUCGACACCUUCACUCCAUCUUUACCUCUAUUCUCAUCUUUUCUCCAUCUUUACCUCCAUCCACACUUUCUCUCCAUCUUUACCUCCGUUAUUACAUUCUCUCCAUCUUUACUUUAAUCCACACCUUCUCUCCAUCUUUACUUCCAUCCACACCUUCGUUCCGUCCACACCUUCUCUCCAUCUUUACCUCCAUCUCCACCUUCUCUCCAUCCACACCUUCUCCCCACGUUGUCCUGUGUUCACACGUGACAUCACUUCCUGUGCAGAGCUUCCAGAGGUGUUCCUGCUCCAGAAGACGCCGUCCUCUCCGGUCAGCUGCAUGGCGACAGGUUUCUACCCCGACGGUGCCGACCUGUUUUGGAGGAAAGACGGCGAGCAGAUCUUCGAGGACGUGGAGCACGGAGAGAUACUCCCCAACCACGACGGAACCUUCCAGAUGUCGGUGGCGCUGAAAGUGGAGGUGACGGCCGACGUGGAGGGCAAGUACGAAUGUGUGUUUCAGCUGUCAGGCGUCAAGGAGGACUUGGUCACCAAGCUGGAGAGAAGAAGCAUCCUGAGCAACGCAAGCCAUGAAGACAACUUGAGCGUCGCCCUCGCUGCCACGGCGGCGGUCCUCGCUGUGGCGGCCAUCAUCAUCAUCAUCAUCAUCAUGGUCAUGGUCAGGCGUCACAGAAACAGACAAGGUGAGGGACGCCAAUGUCCUCUGUCUUCUUCUUCUCGGUGCACUCGGUCCAGGCCGUGAGUUGAUGCUUUCAUCCGGGCUGCAAAGGUGCGGCCAUCUUUUAGUUGCCUUCCAGCCAAACACUCAAAGAUCCACAGAGACAGAGCGCACACUCUCACGUAGAAACACGGCGUGACGUGAGGGGAAAAGUCCACUUCACCUUGUUUCUCUUUCAUUUCAGCCCAGUACGAUCCAGCUGCUCGCCACGGCGGCGUGGAGCUCGACGAGAACGUGCAGGCGGCUGAAGGCUGAGAUGCUUUGUGCACUGGAACACAGGGAGAUGUCUCCAUCGCUGAGGGACGUCAUCACACUCGGAGAUGAGAUGGAGAUGUGCUUUGUUCUUCGUCCGACUGCUCCUCACGCUAUUCCAUGUAUUCUUCUUUGGCCGUUAAAAGACUUUCAAGAUCAAACGUUGGUGGCUGUAAAAUCGCACGUUUCAUGGCCUUGACGUCAUGACGAGGAUUUCUUCUUUUCUUUCAAUGGCCGCUGCUUAUGAUCAAUAUCACAUUGUGUCACAUCUCUGUCAAUAAAUCCGUUUUUUCUCCA